AUGCCGGAGCCUUCGCGGUCGGCUCCGGCGCCCAAGAAGGGUUCCAAGAAAGCCAUUACAAAGGCACAAAAGAAGGACGGUAAGAAGCGCAAGCGCGGCCGCAAGGAGAGCUACUCCAUCUAUGUGUACAAGGUGCUGAAGCAGGUGCAUCCAGACACCGGUAUCUCCUCCAAGGCCAUGGGCAUCAUGAACUCCUUUGUCAACGACAUUUUCGAGCGUAUUGCUAGCGAGGCCUCUCGCCUGGCUCACUACAACAAGCGCUCGACCAUUACGUCCCGCGAGGUGCAGACGGCAGUGCGCUUGCUGCUUCCCGGGGAGUUGGCCAAGCACGCUGUGUCUGAAGGUACCAAGGCUGUCACCAAGUACACCAGCUCCAAGUGA